CUUUGACUUCCGCCCCAACCGCAACCCCAACCUCGCUGCCUCGUCGUCGGCGGUGACCGGCCAAUAAAAAGGCGGUGUUUGCAGAGCGUUGACAAACCCGUCAACAACAACAAAUCAUCGAUCGAGUGCUAUUUGAAAUCUCAUUCGUUAGAUGGUCACAUCGUUACCUAGUUGACCGUCUAUUGGAUUUGACAUUGAUGAACGCGACCGAUGAUUUGGCCUUUCUUUUGGCUGUCAUGGUGAUUUGGACUCCUAAAUCGUAGUAGAAAACACAGCUUCAUUGCCCACAUGCGUGGCUGCCUCCCUUAAUUGGGUGAAGUACAGCUAUAUUAUCCAGGGAAUCUGUCUGCAGUCUGCACUGAUCCACCAGUGGUCGUACAUCUCUCAGAUCUGUGUGAGCAAACAGAGCCUGGUCUUUUUCAUCAGGAGCGUUCUUGCCAUCACCUUGUCACAGAUGAAUUGUUGGUUCCCUCCGAUCCAGCAUUAGCCUUGAUUUGGAAGGCCAAGAAAAUGUUGUAGGUGUCAAGGGAAGGCCAGAACAGUAGCUGCCCAUUUUGGGGUGCCUUCGCGCUCUGUUGGGUUGGGAAAAAGGAUUUGCUUGGGCUUGGAAUUAGUGAUUGAAGAUAUUCUUUGUUUUUCUACCUUCUGUUGCAGAUCUUGGGGUUGUUCAACUACUAGCUUUUGUGGUUCAGAUCUCUGGUCUUCGGGAGGAGAGGAAGGCCCCAGGAGUUGGUGCAGUGUAGAGACUUGGUGAUGUUCAUAUGGCGGUGGAAGGAGUGCAUUUGGCUACGGGAGCACAUAGGUUGAUCAUCAAGGACUAUGCAAGGUGGUCGGUUGUGUGACUUGGUUUUGUAAUCUUCUCUCUGAUUUUUCUCGUUUCUCGGGUUCAUCUUCAAGAUGGCAUGUAUGAAGCUGGGAUCAAAACCUGAUGCCUUCCAGCAACAAGGGCAAGCCUGGUUCUGCACAACUGGGCUUCCAAGUGAUGUUACUGUUGAAGUUGGAGAAAUAUCAUUCCACCUCCACAAGUUUCCUCUAUUGUCAAAAAGUGGUCUUUUGGAAAAAUUAAUCAAGGAGAAUUCUGAUGAAGAAGAGGAUACUCUAAUAAAGCUGCAUGAUGUUACCGGUGGUGCUCGAACAUUCGAACUUGUGGCUAAAUUCUGCUAUGGCAUGAAGUUAGAACUCACUUCCUCAAACGUUGUCUACCUGCGCUGUGCUUCUGAGCACCUUCAAAUGACAGAAGAGAUAGCAGAAGGUAACUUGAUUGCUCAGACAGAAAUCUUCUUCAAUCAAGUUGUCCUUCAUAGCUGGAAAGAUUCAAUUAAGGCACUCCAAACAUGCGAUGAUCUUCUCCCUCAUGCCGAAAACCUUCAGAUUAUCAAGAGAUGCGUUGAUUCUCUGGCUGUUAAGGCUUGUACAGAUCCGAAUCUAUUUGGCUGGCCAAUGAUGGAGAAUGGUGCCAUGCAAAGCCCUGGUGGCAGUGUAUUAUGGAAUGGAAUAAGUACCGGAGCCAGGCCUAGAAAUUGUAGCUCGGAUUGGUGGUAUGAAGAUGUUUCUUCUUUAAGUUUUCCCUUGUAUAAGAGGUUGAUCUCUGUGAUGAAAUCUCGAGGUAUCAGACAAGAGAUCAUUGCAGGUUCUCUGAUCUUAUAUGCUAAACAGUAUCUGCCCGGACUGAAUAGGCGUCCGAGUCUGGCACAAGGAAAUUUGACAGCUGCACCUUCGGAACAAGAACAGAGGCAUCUUCUUGAAGAGAUUGAUAGCCUGUUGCCUCUUCAAAAGGGUGCAGCAUCAACUAAGAUUUUGAUUGGUCUUCUUCGGACAGCCAUUAUUCUGCAAGCUAGUCCAUCAUGCAUUUCAAAUUUGGAGAGAAGGGUAGGGAUGCAGCUAGACCAGGCAGACUUGGAAGAUCUACUUUUCCCAACUUUUGAGUUCUCCAUGGAGGCUCUCUACAAUGUUGAUCGUGUCCAACGGAUGCUUGAUCAUUUCAUAGCCACUGAUCAAGCUACCGGCACGGCUGGGGCUUCCUCUCCUGGUUCUGUCAAUGAUGAGCAGUUGAUUGGUUCCCCAUCUUUGGUGCCAUUAACUGCUGUUGCCAAGCUAAUUGAUGGUUAUCUAGCAGAGGUUGCACCAGAUAUCAAUUUAAAAAUGCCGAAGUUCCAAAAGUUGGCUGCUGCUUUACCUGAUUAUGCCCGUCCACUGGAUGAUGGUCUAUACCGUGCUAUCGACAUAUACCUGAAGGCACACCCUUGGCUCUCAGAAUCUGAGAGGGAGCAGCUCUGCCGGCUGAUGGAUUGCCAAAAGCUCUCACUAGAAGCUUGCACUCAUGCUGCACAGAAUGAGAGGCUCCCUCUAAGAGUAGUGGUUCAAGUCCUCUUCUUCGAGCAGCUUCAACUAAGGACAUCCGUUGCUGGAUGUUUGCUUGUCUCUGACAACCUUGAUGGCUCGCAACCACUUAGGAGUGGAAUUGCUUGUUCAGGUGAAGCUGGAGGGUGGAUGACUGCUGUUAGGGAGAACAAGGAUCUGAAGGUGGGCAUGGAUAAUAUGAGGAUGAGAGUAUCUGAGCUUGAAAAGGAGUGCACAAGUAUGAAGCAAGAAAUCAAGAAACUAGGGCAGGGAAGGAGUGGUUGGAGCAGUGUUCCCAAGAAGUUUGGAUCUAAGAUCAAGUUGCAAUUAUGCAGUGCCCAGGAGGAUUCUGUAAGUGCUCAGCAGAAGACUAAAAGUGGGAAGAUUGACAAGUUGCAAGCCAUAAUCACGAAGCAGAAGCAUCAGUUAUCUGCAGAUGAUUGAGUUCUCUUUUUUUAUUGUGCCACAUUGUCGUAAUUCUAGUCUGUUUUCUGUUUCAGUAGGAACUGUUAAUUCAUGUACUUUCUUCUUGGACAGAAUCUGUAUCAAGCUUGACCUUUGUCACUUGUUAAAUGUGAAAAAUGGGAUUGUGGUGUUUGAUAUUUAGCACAAUUGUUGCCUUGAA